AUGAAUUCAACAAUGAAUAGUUCAUUAUUAACAACACCACCAUGUUCAAUGGAACUUCGUUUUUAUACAUCAGAUUAUUUAUUUUUUAAAUUACUUAAUGCGACAUAUUUACGUUUGCUUGUUGGUCCAGGUAUAUUACUUAAUACACUUUGUCUAUUUGUUCUUUCACGUCCAAGAUUAUCAGAUAAAUCAACAACUGUUAUCUUUUUACGAUUUCUUGCAAUUUUUGAUAUAUUGGCCAUUACACUUAAAUAUAUUCGAGCUGAACUUAAUUAUCAAUCAAUAGUAAAAAAGAAAGAUAUUAUUAUAAUAACAUCUGUAUUUUGUAAAACACUUUAUGUAAGUAUGAAUGCAUCCACCUCAAUUGCUAUGUGGACUAUCGUUUUAAUGAGCUUAGAUAAAGUUGUGGCUGUCAGUUAUCCACUCAAAGCUGGUAUAUGGAUAACACAAAAACGAGCAUUUUAUGUAUGUUGUUUUACAAGUCUUUUACUUUUCAUUGCCAAUUUACAUUUUAUUACAUUAUCGGAUGUAUGUUCAGCAAAGAAUAAGCAAAAAUAUUGUGGAUUAAUAAAAGUUGAUUUAAUAAUUGAUAUUCUAACAGCUUCUAUCUUACCUAUUGGUAAGUAUUAUUGA